GGCGGGGCAGGAGCGGCUGCUGCCACAGACUGAUAGCGCAGUCAGAGGAGGGAGUGUGCAGGGAGGGUGAUCCGGAGGAUCAGGAUCAGCACCAGGAAGAAGAAAGUGGGUCGGUGGUGGCAGUGAAAUUGAAGAAACGAAACUGAUAGAACCAGUUAGAUUCUUGCCAGAAAGGUCUGUAGCGGCGAAGAGAGUGCAGCUGGUCUCUCACAGCGAACCUGGGCGGUGCGGCCCGUUAUGGUGCUGUGUUACCGCGUUCUUAACUUCCCGGCAGCAGAUUAUCACCAUUUGGGCUUGAGACACUAAAUAUUGGAACAGAUUGGCUUCUCCGUGGCCUUUAAAAUAAUAAGAAUCAAAGAUGAUGGAAUCAGAGAAGGAACUUGUGGCCAAGAUGUUGCGGGCAGUUUUGCAGGCAAAUAAAAAUGGGGUACCUCUAAGCAAAUUACAAGCAGAAUACAAAUCAUUCACUGGUGAACCAAUUCCCUUUAAGGAUAUGGGAUUUCAUGCCCUGGAUGCAUACUUGAAAAGCAUUCCAUCAGUGGUUCGAAUUGAAGUUAGCCGUGUUGGUGAGGUUAUUUGCUAUGCUGUGGUUUGCAAAGAAACUGCCAGAAUUGCAGCACUUGUUGCCCACCAGAGAAGCUCUAAAAAGAAAAGUGGAGGCCAAGUGAAUUGUCAAAUGAGGCUUAAAUAUACUGCUCCCGUCUCUCAUUUUGGAAAGCCUAAAGCAACAUUAAGGCAACCGGGUUUCACUCCUCCACAAGAGAAAAUAAUAAGAAAACCUGUGCCUACAUCUGCAUGGGGCAAAGGGAAUACAUUUGGUUCCCGAACAUUUGAAUAUUCACCACCGCCUAUUCCUCAGUUGUUUGGCAUUGCACCAAUUCAAAUGCAUCUACCAAAUAUUAACAGGCCUGAGAGAAAAGUAACACUUCCACCACGAUUUCAGAGGGAGGUUAACUCAUUCUUGAAUCCCACUCCUAUGACAGAUUCAAAUGCCAAUCAUACACAAAGUUUGAAAAGUGUUGUUCCUGGCAGUGGUCAACCUCGCUGUGACCUCUCUGUGAUCCAAAAUAACCUGAAAGAGCUUCUGAACAAGCACAGUAAUGGUUUAUGGCUGUCGAAGUUGCCUCAGUUGUACAAGGAGACCUACAAACAGGAUUUGGGUGGUGAAAUGUUGAAACAGGUUCCAAGUUGGACACACAUAUGCAUGGUUCAGAAACUCGUAACCAUGGGCCAUACAGAAAUGGUUCUUUAUUCAACUGCAAUAAAGCAACCCUCCUUUACAAAGAAUGUUCAAAAUCACAGUAACAACCAAGCUAAGCCAAAUGUGCCUGUUGAUUCAACCCCGUCAUCACCUCCUCUGCAAAGUUCAGGCAAUAUCCCCAAAGAUGAACUUAAACAGAAAAUUUCAAAAGUAUUGACUAAGUAUAGCAAUGGACUUUGGUAUCACGCUUUACCCAAAGUCUUUGAGGACAUGUUUAAGCAGAAAUUGCCAACUGAAGUUUUAAAUUUGGAUUCCCUUACUGAUAUUUGCACAGUUGACCUUAUUUCUGAAGAGCCAUUUAAAGCUAUCCUUUAUGCUAAAUCAGCUGAAAGGGCAAACCAAAAUAGUAAUCCCUCGGUCAACAAUAAUAUCCCACAAAAACUCCAAGAUCGAGAGUCACCCUUGUUGCCGGAAGAACCAGAGAUGAAUAUGACUCCACCCCCUUUGGUCAUACCUUCUGAGGCUUCUCCCUCUGUGCUCGUUGUGGAACUAAGCAGUACUAAUGAUGUGGUUAUAAGGUAUAUUGGCCGUGACUAUUCUGCUGCUCAGGAACACAUGGAAGAUGAAAUGAAGGACUUCUGCAGCAAAAGUUCUACUGCAAAGAUUGGCUUUUUAAGGGUUGGUCAGCUGGUGGCUGCAAAAGCAGAGGAAGAUGUUUGGCUGCGAGCACAGAUAUCUGCAAUUGAAGGCAAAAAAGUCAAGGUCUGCUAUGUGGAUUAUGGAUUUAGUGAGAUAGUUGACAUCACUAAAGUAUGUAAAUUAGGAAAACAGUUCUAUACUCUUCCGUUUCAAGCAACAAAAUGCAGACUUGCAGGUUUGGAAGCUUUCUGCGACGAUAGUAUUAUCAUAAAGGCUUUGGAGUUGAAAGCUUGUGGAAAGAUACUUGCGGUUGAAAUACUGGAAAAGAGUGAAAAGCCACUGGUUGUUCUUUAUGAUACCUCAGGGGAUGACGACAUUAAUAUUAAUGCUGCGUGUCUAAAAGAACUGUGUGACCGUUCUCUAAGUUUACAGUUAAAGGCAAAUUCUUCAUUUUCAAAUGUGAUUGUGACCAAUGUUUGUUCUGAUGGAACCCUCUUUUGCCAGUUGCCCUCAAAGGGUUUGGCUAAACUGUAUGAGACUUUACAGAAAGUUGACAGUGAAUUUCAAUCAAAGCAAGUUACGUCACAUUUAUAUGUGUCCCUCCCCUUCUGUGGAAAAAUCUGUUUGUAUCACUACAAAGGAAAAUGGGCUCGUGUGGAGAUAACAAGUGUCCACAGCAGUCGGGCAUUAGAUGUUCAGUUCCUGGAUUCUGGGACAAUAGCUUCUGUGAAAGUUUCUGAACUAAAAGAAAUUCCUCCUCCUCUGCUUCGAGAUCUAAUAUCAAUUCCACCUCAGGCUCUUAGAUGUUGUUUAGCUGAUCUUCCACUCCGCAUUGGCAUGUGGACACCUGAUGCAGUUCUUUGGCUCAGAAAUACAGUCUUAAAUUGCCUGGAAUGCAGUAUAAGGGUGGUAAAAGUUGAUGAAGCAACGAAUAUGGUGCACAUUUACCUUUUUACAUCAAAUAACUUUCCAGACCUUGAACGUAGCAUUAACCGUCAAAUUACAAAUGAAGAGUUGUGGAAACACCAAAAAGAUGUGUUUCUUAACCUGAGUGCAUCCACUUUGGAAAGCAGUAGAGGAGGAGGUGCCCAAGCAUCAGAACUGUCUCCACCAGGACUCUGUAAAGAUCAUACAAGUGCUGUAAAGAAGCCUGACAUGCAACAAAGCAGCUCUGUUCCUUCAUUUAAUAUGCCACCACCACUACCUCUUCCCAGGCCUGGUGAACACAUGGAUGUCUUUGUGUCUGUGGCUUGCCAUCCUGGACAUUUCGUCUGUCAGCCAUGGCAGGAGUUACACAAACUGGAAGUAGUUAUGGAAGAAAUGCUUCUACACUAUAGUACUACAGAAGAGAAGCCGGUAGCUCUGGAAAAAAACAAGCUGUAUGCAGCAAAAGUAGAGAAUAAGUGGUACAGAGUUCUGGUGAAAGGAAUACUAACGAAUGGUCUGGUAUCUGUGUACGAGCUUGAUUAUGGCAGACAUGAACUUGUCAGUUGUAGGAAGGUUCAGCCUUUGAUUGAGAAGUUUAUGCAAUUGCCUUUUCAGGCCAUUACAAGCCAACUUGCAGGGGUCAGCUGUGAACAUUGGUCUGAGGAAGCCUCAAUAGUUUUCAGAAACCAUGUGGAGAAAAAACCACUUGUUGCACUUGUACAAACAAUUCAUGAAAGCACUCACCCAUGGGAUCGAAGGGCUGUGGCUUAUAUAGUGGAUACAUCAUUGCCAGACACUGACAUAUGGAUUCACGAACUCAUGACAGAAUAUCAUAUUCAGUUAUCGAAGCCAGAGUAAAGCUGCAUUUCAAAACGACUGCAAACGGAAGCAAUAACAAAAAUAGAACGAUUUUCUUUAGUUAAUGUGAUAUUUGGCAUUCUCAACUAAUGAAUAUGAAGUUUGAAACUGAGAAUUGUUUUUCUGUGAAAGAAAUAACAGAAGAUAUUUGUUUACAUUGUUUAAAGCAGUUGAUUUUCUUAAAAAUUUGCACAUUCUUUAAUGUAGCUGUAUAUUGUUAAAAUAUAAUCAGAAAACCCUUUAUUUAACAAUAAAAAUGGUUUUUGCCUGUUGAAA